UGGGCAGCGCGGGGGCCGGGCGGGCAGCGCUGAGGGCUCCGCCGCCAUGAGCUCCAUCGGCACCGGGUACGACCUGUCAGCUUCCACGUUUUCCCCAGAUGGCAGAGUAUUCCAAGUUGAAUAUGCUAUGAAAGCCGUGGAGAAUAGUAGUACAGCAAUUGGGAUAAGAUGCAAAGAUGGGGUCGUUUUUGGAGUAGAAAAACUAGUUCUGUCCAAACUUUAUGAAGAGGGUUCCAAUAAACGUCUCUUCAACGUCGACCGACAUGUGGGAAUGGCAGUAGCAGGACUGCUGGCAGAUGCUCGGUCUUUGGCAGACAUAGCUAGAGAAGAAGCUUCUAACUUUAGGUCCAACUAUGGUUACGAUAUUCCACUGAAGCAUCUUGCAGACAGAGUGGCCAUGUAUGUGCAUGCAUACACGCUGUACAGUGCUGUCAGACCCUUUGGCUGCAGUUUCAUGUUGGGGUCCUAUGAUGAUGAUGAUGGUGCACAGCUGUACAUGAUUGAUCCAUCAGGAGUUUCAUACGGUUAUUGGGGGUGUGCCAUUGGGAAAGCCAGACAAGCUGCAAAAACAGAGAUAGAAAAACUUCAGAUGAAGGAAAUGACCUGCCGUGAUGUUGUUAAAGAGGUUGCAAAAAUAAUCUACAUAGUUCAUGAUGAAGUAAAGGAUAAAGCUUUUGAGCUGGAACUCAGCUGGGUUGGAGAAAUAACCAAUGGAAAACAUGAAAUUGUUCCCAAAGACAUCAGGGAAGAAGCAGAAAAGUAUGCCAAGGAAUCUUUGAAAGAGGAAGAUGAAUCAGAUGAUGACAAUAUGUAACACAUUGUUACUUUAAGACAAGCUCAACUUUUCUUAAUUUACAGCUUUUAUUUAAAAAAAAUAUAUAAGCCAGCAUCAUCAAGAAGUGAUUGUGCAUCAAAAGAGACAUUAAGAAGGAAAGCUACUAUCAUGCUGCUGUUGCUUCCUCUUCCUGCAGCACUACUGCAGCCAGGCCAAGCACAGAGAAACAACCUGCCUGAAAAUUUGACAAGUCUCUUGUUUAUACUGCAGAGUUUGAUAUUAAAAACUAGUACUUGGUUGUUCCUUGAUUAACCAA